AUGCAGAAGAGAAUCCGAAGAGCAUACUACAAGAAAAAUCAAGGUCUAUUGUUGGAGCAACUAGUAUUUGAUGAGAGCACCCCAAACAAAACAAAGAUAUUCUCCUUAGAGGAACUAGAGAAAGCCACCAACUAUUUUGAUGCUACUCGUGUCCUUGGCCGUGGAGGACAUGGAACUGUCUAUAAAGACGUGAAGUCAUCCAAUAUACUCUUGGAUGCCACCUUCACCACGAAGGUUUCUGAUUUUGGUGCUUCAAGAUCUGUUUCAAUCGACGAGACUCAUGUGGUGACAAUUGUCCAAGGCACAUUUGGCUACCUAGAUCCAGAAUAUUACAAUACUGGUCGGCUAACUGAGAAGAGUGACAUAUAUAGUUUUGGUGUGAUUGUUGUGGAGCUUCUGACAAGAAAGAAACUAGUUUUUAUUAGUGAUUCCGGUGUGAAAGAAAGCUUGGCUCAUUACUUCAUUGAAGCACUUCAAGAAGGAGUCCUUAUGGAAAUAAUAGAUCAACAGAUUGUGGAAGAGGCAGACCAAGGAGAAAUUGAUGAUAUCGCCUUACUCGCACAAGCAUGCUUGAGGACCAAAGGAGUAGAGAGACCAACUAUGAAAGAAGUGGAGAUAAAAUUGCAGCUCCUGAGGAUAGGGAGGCUAAGAAGAAAAAGACACCAUUCACCAGGAAAUAAUGGUGAGGCUGAGCAUUUGCUGUGCCCAUCACAUGCUAGAAACUCCCAUGCACAGCUCGAUCUUGGGAAUGCUACCCGUUUGCCUUGUGAUCAAGAGACCUCUCGCGGCUACAGUCUAGAGAAAGAAUUUGCAUCCUCAAUCAGUUUGCCACGCUAA